UCACUGGACGGCCCCAUGGCUCCGCGGCCGGGUGGCCCCAGCGGCCGGCUGUCCCUGCUGCUUCUGCUGUGUCCACUUGUCACCCCGGCCGCCCCGCUGUCCUGGCUGUGGGCCACCGAAGACAACCCCCCCCUUGGGGCUCCCCUGGGCAGCCCCCCACCGCCCCCCCAGACAAGGACCAAGGACGAGAACAUCGCCAGCGUCGGGGACAAGAUCCUGGUGGUGGCCGAUGGCAUCCGCAGCUUCGUCAAGCUGUGGGGGGACACCGGCGCCCCCCAGGGCCCCGGCCGGGAGGGGACACCCAGCCCCGCCACCCCCACAGCUGCCGGGGCUCCCCCAGAGGAUGGCUCGGACCCCUGGUCCAGCAGCGGGGCCCCCGGGACGCCCACCCCGGGCAGGUCCCGGGCACCGGUCAGCUCGACCCCAGAGACACAGCCACCGGCCCCAGGUGGGGUGCUGGAGCUAACACUGCCCCAGCUGCUGGGGGAGCCGCUGCCCCCGGGGGUGCGGCCACUGCGCGAGCCAGGCCUGGACGCCGAGGCCUUCUCCUUCGAGCCAGCGGGGGACACGGGGGGCGGGCAGCCCGCGCACCCCCACCUCCCGGACGGCUUCCCCCCAGACUUUGCGUUGCUGCUGCGGGUGAGGCCGGCCGCGGGGGGGGCCGGGAUGCUGCUGGCGCUCACGGACGGGGCGCAGGCGACGGUGUCGCUGGGGCUGAAGCUGGAUGCCGUCCGGCACGGCCACCCGGACCUGCUGCUGCUGCUGGCCCCGCCCGGCACCCCCCGCCCCCCCCAGCCCGCCGCCCGCUUCCCGCUACCCCCGCUGGCCGGACGCUGGACGCGCCUGGCGCUGGGCGUGCAGGGCCGCAUGGCCACACUCUACCUGGACUGCCGGCCGGCACAGCGGGCCGUGCUGGAGCGGGAGCCCCGGGUCCUGCCCCUCGAACCUGGCGCCAGCCUUUUUGUGGGCCAGGCGGGGGCUGCGGACCCUGACAAGUUCCAGGGGGACAUCAUGGAGCUGCGGGUGCGUGGGGACCCCCAGGUGAGGCCGGAGCACUGCUUGGGGGAUGAAGACACCGAGGAUGAUGAUGAUGGGGUGUCUGGAGACUCGGGCAGUGGACUGGACGAGGGCCUGGACCAUCUCGGGAAAGAAGGGGUCUCCCCGAAACCCAGCCUCCCUGGGGCUUCCCCUGUCAGCCCUCCACCCAUGGCUGGAGGGAGCAACAUGAAAGAUUCCAGAACUGAGGAAAUGGAGGAGACAGCGGCGCCUUCAUUAGCAGGUCAGACGCCCCCUGGCUCAGCCCAGGCGGUCUCGUGGAGCCCCGGGGAGAGCAGGAGACAGGGUGGCCUGAAGGGACAGAAAGGGGAGCCGGGUGCUCGGGGCCCCCCCGGCCCGGCUGGUCCCCAAGGCCCCGAGGGACCAGCUGCGCAGAAGCCAGGGCCACAGCCUGUGCCUGGCCCAGGGGGUCCCCCUGGACCCCCGGGGAAGGACGGCCCCCCCGGCAGGGACGGCAAGCAGGGCCAGCCAGGCGAGGAAGGGAGACCCGGUGACCCAGGGCCACAGGGCUUCCCAGGGACUCCCGGUGACGUGGGCCCCAAGGGAGAGAAGGGGGACCCCGGGAUUGGGCUGAGAGGCCCCCCAGGUCCCCAAGGCCCCCCAGGCCCCCCAGGACCCUCCUUCAGACCUGAGAAGCUGACCUUCAUCGACAUGGAGGGUUCUGGCUUCAGCGGUGACCAUGAGAGCUUCCGUGGCCCCAGAGGCUUCCCCGGCCCCCCUGGCCCGCCCGGAGUCCCAGGCCUGCCCGGAGAGCCCGGCCAAUUUGGGAUGAACAGCUCAGUGGUCUCAGGACCCCCAGGCCUCCCUGGUGUGCGGGGGCGUGACGGAGUCCCCGGGCUGCCCGGCCCCCAGGGCCCCCCAGGCCCUCCAGGAAGAGAUGGUCAGCGUGGAGCCACAGGACAGAAAGGCAGCAUGGGUGAGGCAGGUGCCCCAGGACUGAAGGGAAGCAGAGGGGACCCUGGCCCCAUCGGUGCACCUGGGAAGAAUGGCUUGGCGGGCCCCCCAGGACCAGCAGGCCCCCCCGGGCCCCCUGGGCCCCCUGGCCCCGGACUGCCCGCCGGCUUUGACGAUAUGGAAGGUUCUGGGACACUCUUCUGGCAGAGAGGUGCGGGCGGGUCCCAGGGACCCGCCGGCCCCCCCGGAGCCAAGGGGGACCCUGGGAUCGCAGGACCACCCGGGACCAAGGGGGAAGCAGGUGCAGACGGCCCCCCCGGAUUCCCCGGCCUUCCCGGCAGUGAGGGCACAGCUGGUCCCCAGGGCCCCAGAGGAGACAAAGGAAGUCGGGGAGAAAAGGGUGACCCCGGGAAGGACGGCGUGGGGCUCCCUGGCCUCCCCGGCCCCCCUGGUCCCCCAGGCCCUGUGGUCCGUGUGUCGCAGCAGGAAGGUGCGGUGGCCGGAGUGCCAGGACCUGAGGGCCGGCCUGGUUUUGCUGGCUUUCCUGGACCUGCCGGACCGAAAGGUGACCUGGGUUCCCGAGGCCAGCAGGGUCCCCCUGGACCCAAGGGUCAGAAGGGGGAGCCGGGUGCUGUCCUUGGUUCAGAUGGCAGGGCACUGACCACCCCUCAAAAAGGAGCCAAGGGGGAGCCCGGCUUCCGAGGAACCCCGGGUCCCUAUGGCCGCCCAGGACACAAAGGGGAGAUUGGCUUUCCUGGACGUCCAGGGCGCCCUGGAAUAAAUGGACUGAAAGGACAGAAGGGGGAGCCAGGAGCUGCCACAGUUGGUUUUGGGGUACAGGGUCCACCUGGCCCCCCUGGGCCCCCCGGACCCCCCGGACCCCCUGGGACUCCUGUCUAUGACAGCAACGCGUUUGUAGAUUCUGGCCGGCCUGGGGCUCCGGGGCAGCCAGGGUACCCCGGACCAUCUGGACCCAAGGGUGACAAAGGAGCGGUGGGCCCACCGGGACCUCCAGGACACUUCCCACUGGAUAUUCUCAAUCUGGGUGCCGAGAUGAAGGGGGAGAAGGGUGACCGAGGACCCUCCGGACAGAAAGGGGAGCGUGGGGAACCCGGGGCUGGCGGAUUCUUUGGCUCCGGCCCCCCUGGCCCCCCAGGCUCACCGGGGAUUCCGGGCCCCAAGGGAGACAGCAUUCAGGGUCAGCCUGGCCCACCCGGACCUCAGGGACGCCCAGGCAUCGGCUAUGAGGGGCGUCAGGGUCCCCCUGGCCCCCCCGGGCCUCCUGGGCCCCCAGGACCACCUUCAUUUCCUGGUCCUUACAGGCAGACCAUCAGUGUCCCCGGACCCCCGGGCCCGCCAGGCCCCCCAGGGCCCCCCGGGAACAUGGGCACCUCUGCAGGGGUGCGCAUCUGGCCCACCUACCAGGCCUUGCUGGACAAGCUGCCCGAGGUGCCGGAGGGCUGGCUGCUGUACGCCGCCGACCGCCAGGACCUCUUUGUGCGCGUGCGGCACGGCUUCCGGAAGGUUCUGCUGGAGCCACGGACGCCACUGCCCCGAGGGACGGACAAUGAGGUGGGGGCCCCGCAGCCCCCCGUGCUGCAUGCGGGCGGCCCCCACGCCCGCCGUGAGCUGUCCCACCCCUCCACCGAGCGGCCCUGGCGGGCGGACGACAUCCUGGCCAGCCCCCCGCGCCUGCCGGCCCCCCAGCCCUACCCCGGGCCCCCCCACUACGGCUCCUACCUGCACCCCCGGCCCGCCCAGCCCACCAGCCCUCCCGCCCACACCCACCAUGACUUCCAGCCUGUGCUGCACCUGGCGGCGCUGAACGCCCCGCAGUCGGGGGACCUGCGCGGGAUCCGGGGCGCGGACCUGCAGUGCUUCCAGCAGGCGCGUGCGGCCGGGCUGCCCGGCACCUUCCGCGCCUUCCUGUCCUCGCGGCUGCAGGACCUGUCCAGCAUCGUGCGGCGCGCGGACCGCAGGGCUGUGCCCAUCGUCAACCUGCAGGACGAGCUGCUGUUCCCCAGCUGGGAAGCCCUGUUCUCGGGGGCCCAGAGCCAGCUGCUGCCGGGCGCUCGCAUCCUCUCCUUUGACGGCAGGGAUGUCCUGCAGCACCCAGCCUGGCCCCAGAAGAGCGUCUGGCACGGCUCGGACCCUAGCGGCCGGCGGCUGCCUGAGAGUUACUGUGAGACGUGGCGGACGGAGGCGGCAGGGAGCUCGGGCCAGGCGGCCUCGCUGCUGGGCGGCCGGCUGCUGGCCCAGGAGGCCACCAGCUGCCACCGGGCCCUGGUGGUGCUCUGCGUGGAGAACAGCGUCCUGCCCACCUCCCAGUAGGCUCGCCGGGUGGGGGCACGUCCUGGGGCCGCUGCGUGUAGCCCCAGAAAUAAAGGAAGCCAAAGACUUUGUAAA